AUGUGGUUUGGAGAUGGUAUCUCGAUGCUUAUCCUGUCUUUGUCGCCUAGUGCUGGACACCCAAGAGAAACCAGAAGUGGUUUCAGUUUGCAGCAAUGGUUCGAGUACUGCCCGAAUACGAACAAGCGAAAUUGUCCGAUCUGUAAACAGAAGUGCUCUCUAAAAGAUCCGUGUCGGCUUUAUUUUCAGUCUUCUGGGGACCAAAUCGAUUCGAUUGCUUCUUCUAAGAAGACUGUUGAAAUCGAGGAAGAUCCGGUUUUGCUGAGAGUUGAAGUGAAGCGUCUCCAAGGGAAGAUCCAUAAUCUUACUUCUUCUCUUGAUAAUCAGAAAAAGGAGAAUUCUGAACUCUCUGAUAAGUUGCAGCAAUGCAAUGAGCAACUGAAAGAGGAUAAAGUAAAAAGGUGGGAGUCUCUGCAAGAAAUAUCAACGACUCAGCACUUGCUUAAGUUGAAAUCUGAGGAAUGUAUCCAGCUUACUUCACAGUGUGCUAAGCUACAUGAGAGAACUAUGGCUUUUGCCAAGGAGCUCGCAGCGCUUAAACUGGUUUCUGAUCUAAGCUUGGAGGAAGAUGAUGUCCUGAAGCUAGCCAUGUUGGGGAAUAACGCUAAGACAAAAGAUACAAUCGACACUCUAGUCAAGUCCUUGGUUAUCAGAAACAGGAGUUAUAAGGAAUUGUUAGCAAAGUGCAGUCAGCUGGGCAGAGGCGAAGCUCGAUCUUCUGAGAAACUAGAAAAAGCUCUGGAAAAGAUAGAUAUAUUAAAGAAGCGAAUGAGGGAACUUGAGUUGAUAACUGAAGAGAGGCAAAACAGAGCUCUUAGGAAUAUAAAAGCUUCAAAGAAUUGCAGCGAGAGAGAAGUUUACGAGCCUCCAACUGAGAGCCUGGCUUCUUUCAGAAUGCUUCCAUCUGACAACAUUGUUGAGAACAUCUCUACACCACCAUUAAGUAAAUUAGAGAAAAAGGAUGGCUUCACCAAUCAUGGAUCGUGCUUAAGCGGAAGAGAAGGCUCCUUCAGUACUAGAAGAACGGACUCUGUUAUCGAGGUAGAUGAUGAUGUUCCUGAAACCACCAUUUCUGGCAUCAGACAUUCAGAUACUAAUGUUGAAGAGAAAUGUGAUAAUCCCAUGGUAAGGGAUAUAAAGUUCAACAUCAGAAAUGACUCGACAUCAGCAGUCUCACCUGGCAGCAAUGGUGCUGGAAACAUUUGGUUGUCAAGCGGAACAAAUCGAAACCUUAGUAGAUGGAGCAAACAUGGAGAGAGAAACGAAGUAACUCCAUCACUAGGGCGUUAUGUUCAAAGCAAAGAUGAUCUGAUCGCUAUUGGACCCGAUGGUAAAGGUGGGAGAAUCAAAGUGCUGAGAUCUAAACCCCAAAUUUCGAGCGCCAAUGCAAGCUCAGGAAGUGGUAAGAGAUUCAAGCUUGGAACUAAAACAAGUGGUUCGUCCUCUCAAGGUUGUCUGCAGAUUGAACACUAUUUUGGAAGACCUAAUCGCUAAUUUGUCAGACAUCUGUUAAGAAACUUAACAUCUCGGAUAUGCUUUGCAUAAAUCAUGUACAAUUAAAUUACUCUUUCAUUGGUAUCUAAUGUAACUUUUUGUUGUGGCUAAUAAAACACUUGGGGACCUUAAGCGUUGUA